AUGGCUGUGGGCCUUCUUGUGUUGUCGCAGUCAGAACGAACUAAAAAGAAGGGCCUUCGAGUGGGCGGCAGGGGCAGGGAGCAGCAAUUAGGUGAAGCUAGGGGGGAUCAGGGCUGCGACGGUGUGGGCAGUAAGGAAGAGGUCUGGAAAGUGGUAACGCUCUGGGCUGGUGUUCACAGCCCCAGGGUUUGUUUAGCGAAUCUCAGAGGUGCCAGCCCGCACACGCACCCCUUUUCCCAGGAGCCCAGUGUGCCAAAGCCUCAACGAGAAGAACCACCAGCUGAAAGUCAGGAUCAUACACCUGGUCAGAAUAGUGAAGAAGAUCAGGGUGGAGCUGAGAUUCAAGGUGCUUGGAAGGUGCCUGACCUGGAAGCUGAUCUCCAGGAGCUGUCUCAGUCAAAGACUGGGGAUGAAUGCAGAGAUGGUCCUGAUGUCCAGGGAAAGAGUGUACCAAAAUCAGAGCAGUGCAAAAUGCCAGAAGGAGGGAAAGGGAAACCACAGGAUUAAAUGAAGACAAGCUGAAAGAACGCAAACUGAAUUCAUCCGAGAUAUUUGACUU